CUUGUUUGAAGCCGCAUUACGCCCAGUGAAAUUGCUGAACGUCAUACGGAGAUCACGGUACACUGUCUGCCUACCACAAGGGUCAGAUACUCUACGCGAUACAGAGUACUGAACGACAUGUAAGGAGCAUAACUGGUCUCAACCCAUGGAUCUCGUUUUCGGACGCUGUCUGAGCGAGCAUAGAUACCGAUCAAUGGACAGAAAGAAUGAAAUCCUGUAGCCAUACCACAAUCGACUUAAGGCAAUCAGCUCAGGGACGAUUCAGCAUUUUGAGGUCUACAAGUCCAGGCCGGGACCAUCCCUGCGAGCGGGAUUGACCCUAUUGGUAACAGUUUCAAUCCCCGGAACCGUUCCGGCUUUUUGGGGACGGAGGUCAAGGCGGGGACGACUCAAUACUGUUUCCAUUGUAGCUCGGCACCUUCAAGGUCAUCAGCAAUCGAGCGCAGACGACAGUGCCGUUUACAAUUCCCGUUCUAUGUGUCCGGCUCGCCGGUGCUCAUCUGGGACCAGCCGCGGUUUGCUACCUGACGUGUACAGCCCGAGGCCCAUGGUAUAAAUCUUUGAACGAUUCUUGUCAGCUCGUUCCACAUUCUCGUGAGUGGUAUCAAAGACAAGAUGGUUGAGACUGUGGACGUGCUCAUCUGUGGCUCCGGCUCUGCUGGUCUCUGCGCGGCAUUAUGGCUGUCGAUCUUUGGCAUCAAAUCUGUCAAGGUUCUUGAGCGACGGCAAGGUCCUAUGACGAUGGGGCAGGCCGACGGCGUACAAUGUCGGACGGUUGAGGUUUUUGAGAGUUUUGGCAUUGCUGAAGAGCUUCUUCGCGAGGCGUACCACGUCCUUGAAGUGGCAUUCUGGUCGCCAGACGGAAAAGGUGGUCUGCACCGCAAGGGUCGCACGGCUGACACUCAACCUGGUCUCAGUCAUCAGCCUCAUGUCAUUUUGAACCAGGCAAGAAUCAACGGGCUGCUGCUGGAAGCUAUGCGGAAGGCCAACGGUCAGGAAGUUGACUACGGAUAUUCUGUCAAAAGCGUUGAGAUAGAUCCAGAAUUGGCAAACGACCACAGCUCAUAUUGCACCACAGUGGUCGCCGAAAAGGACGGGAAGGAUCAUAUCUUUAAAGCCAAGUACGUCCUGGGAUGCGAUGGUGCCCACAGCAAGGUGCGCAGGUCUUUAGGGUACCAAAUGGUUGGCGAUACAACCGAUGCAGUCUGGGGAGUAAUGGACAUCUAUCCUCGAACAAACUUUCCUGACAUUCGACGAAAAUCGACAGUCCAUUCCGAUUCUGGUAUGAUCCUGAUCAUACCACGAGAAGGUGGCUCACUGGUACGCUUCUACAUCGAGUUCCCGGCCGGUACGAACGUGAAGGAAGUCAAGCUUGAAGACCUGCAUAAGAAAGCUCAACAGGUCUUCAGGCCGUUUACGAUGGACUUCUCCGAAACAUAUUGGUGGUCGUGCUAUUGCAUUGGGCAACGACUUGCAGACCAUUUCACCAAGGAUAAUCGUAUCUUCUUGACAGGUGAUGCUUUUCAUACACAUUCACCCAAAGCCGGCCAAGGGAUGAACGUUAGCCUUCAGGACGGAUACAACAUCGGCUGGAAGCUGAGUCUGAUACUGAAGGACAAAGCCACUCCAGAGUUACUCAAAACAUACGAUCUCGAACGUGGCAAAACAGCAGCCGACCUCAUCGAUUUUGACAGAUGGUUCACGAAAUUGUUCGCCUUGAAGGAGGCCGGACAGGAGAGCAAGAUGACUCCAGAGCAAUUCAGGCAGGCGUUCAUCAAAUCUGGUCGAUACACCGCCGGUCUGACCGCAAAAUACGAAGAUUCUAGCAUCACUUCAGCCGCAGGAAGCAGGCAGAGUCUAGCUGAGAAUAUUGUCGUUGGAAUGCGGUUCCAAAAUGCGCAGGUCGUGCGGUUUUGCGACGCAAAGGCGAUGCCACUGGUACAAGCGUUGAAAGCAGAUGGACGAUGGCGUCUGAUUUUCUUCGUUGGCAAGAUUGGACAGUCUUGUACAAUUGCCAGGCUGGAGAAGAUUGCCAAAUACUUGGAUUCCGCCGAUGGUCCAGUCCGCAAGUAUACCUCUCCUUCGGCAGACGUCGACAGCUUCAUCGAACCGAUCGUUGUCUUCAACGGAGAGAGAGUCAAGCUUGAACAAGAAGAGAUACCCGAAUUCUUCUGGCCGGCGACAGGAAAGUGGAAGAUGCGAGAUCUUCAUAAGACUUUCGUUGAUGACGAGAGCUACAAUUCCGGCCACGGCCACGCCUAUGAGAAAUAUGGCAUUGAUCCAGACGUCGGCGCCACUGUCAUCGUGCGCCCUGAUCAAUACGUCUCAAAAGUCAUGUCGAUCGACGAUACCGAAGGCAUGGGUCAGCUAUUCGACGCGUUUUGCGUCAGGCAGACUCAGAACGGCGCUCACUGAGUCUCGACAAUCCAUUGGUUUCGUCCAUGUACCAAGACUAUAUUCAACCAAAACUCUAACCCUACUCUAGCCACUUCUCCUCCGCAGCAGACUACCCACACCCAACAUGUUCACAACAGUAUGCUGUCCGACCACCCAAGCUGCAGUGUACAGAUACUUUGGCGAAAACACUGUCCAGAUAAACAAGUGCUCCCUCAGCACCAAACACGCCACCAUAACCGCCAACGUAUGCAAGCACGCAAACGUCGCCAGCGUGGUCAUCAUGAAAAUAAACCGUCCUUUGCUCAACUGCGCAGCGCUGAACAACUGACAAACCGCAAAUGCCCACCAGAUCGGCGCUGCCCAAUUACUCACAAACGUCAAGGCGCCCACCGCAGCGACGUUGUACCCACUCACACCAUUAUACGCGUUCGACAGAUCUAUCGUCGCGAUUGAGUUUGUGCCACCGAAGGUGAAGAACGAAGCGUACUGCGAGAGGAGUGCAAGAAUAGAUAUCUCACCGACACUGUGCUGGCGUCCGCGUCGAAAUAGAUACAAUUGAACAUGAAAGAACAAGUAUAGCGGAACAUACACUGUUCGUGUCUGGGUGAUAAGGAAGAUCGAGACCACGUCCUGGAAGGCGCCGAGGAAUGAGCGGAGAUUUUCUGCACCCUGCCACGGCGCCUCGUAAUAUAUUGCGCAGCCCAGCAAAUGUACCAGUCCGAGAAAGACGACUCUAGCCAGACUGACCAGCGGAUAUCGUGAGACAAAUACGACCAGAGGAUUGAGGAUCGGGAAUGAUUGUAACAACUCCGGUGCGUCGGCGGCCGUGAAAGCAAUCUUGAACAGGAAUGCGGACAUCGAGACCAGGACGGGGAGGAGGCCCAUCUGUCGUGCGCCCAUCCACUUCACGGCACGGCCGCUCAGGUUGCGCGAAAGGACGGCGUACGUGAGGACCACGAGGACCCAGAGAAUCCAAGGAUUCGGCGUGACGAGAUUGGUGAGCAGAUCGGGCUCGCCGGCGUAUUUCUGGCCUGUCUGGCGCCAGCGGCGGAUCGCGAGGAGAAGGAGGAAUGCAAGCACCGAGCCCAAGGGCCCGUGAAUCGCCCUUUGAGACGAGUACCGGGCAUCUUUGCAGAACAGGACAAUGAGCCACGCACUCAAGAUCCAGUACCAAAAUUGGUGCUCUUCCUCGACGUAACUGCUGGCGAACAUUGUGAUCGCGUAGAUGAGCAUAGUCAGAACAAGUAUGAUGCCAUCAGCC